GGACAAAAGAGCUGGAAAUUUACAAAUCACCUGAAAUUUUAAUUUCGCGAGAAAAAACUAGAAAAGAGAAGGGAAGCUGCUGUAUCCGAAUCGACCGGCGAUCUGUUUUAUUCCUCAUCUUUGCUGUUUCAUGAUCUUCAUACCAGCAGCUCGGGUGGAGAAAAAUGGCGCUCACAAGCUUUGACGGAGUAGGCGUUGGAAUCGGGUUUGGUGUUGGCUGCGGAUUUGGCAUAGGAUGGGGUUUCGGAGGGGUGCCUUUGAACAUCUUGGGUCUUGGUGCUGGUGGUGGCUGUGGAGUUGGAUUUGGCCUUGGAUGGGGCUUUGGUACUGCAUUCGGUAGCAAGUAUCGAUCGUCUAGGGUAACCUUUGAAGGUACAGAAUUGGGCAGAAAGGAUCAAAGUGACAGUAGAGACCAUACUUUGUAAUAGCAUUUGGAGCUGAACUCUUCUUGUGUCCCAUACUAAAGGGCAAGUCGACUGUAUGAGUUGGAUUUUGAAGUUCUCCAUAGAAUAGAACAGAACGAAAGCAUUCAGAUUUACUGUUGUAAUGGCAAGCUAUAUAUGAGUUUUAUUGAGUUGAAUUGUCAGAAUUUGCACUGGUAGGAAACCAAAGAACCUGAGGCAGUUUUAGGCGACAUUUGCCGUAACACAAAGUCGGUCCCUUUAUGUGCUGGAAAUAAAAUAGAGAUUUGAUCAUCAUCUUCCAUGAA